AUGGGUAUCCCUAAGUUCUUUCGGUUUAUCUCCGAGAGAUGGCCGCUCAUCUCCCAGUUGAUCGAGGGAAAUGACAUUCCCGAAUUCGAUAACUUGUAUCUUGAUAUGAACUCGAUUUUGCACACUUGUACUCACUCCAAUGACAACACCAUGUCGAGAAUGACGGAUGACCAAAUGUACGCCGCCAUCUUCAACUACAUUGACCACUUGUUCGACAUCAUCAAGCCCAAAGAGGUGUUUUACAUGGCCAUUGAUGGUGUGGCCCCAAGAGCUAAAAUGAACCAACAGAGAGCCAGAAGAUUCAGAACAGCUUACGAAGCUGAGGAAAACAUGAAGAAAGCUAUCAAACAGGGAUUGGAUAUCCCCAAGGAGGACCCCUUCGACUCCAACGCCAUUACUCCAGGAACAGAGUUUAUGGCCAAAUUGACCAGCAACUUGAAGUAUUUUAUCCACAAGAAAAUGACAGAAGACUCUCGGUGGUCGAAUGUGCGAGUGAUUUUGUCUGGCCAUGAAGUGCCAGGUGAGGGUGAGCACAAGAUCAUGCAAUUUAUCAGAACCAUGAAGUCUCAGCCCGAGUACAACCCAAACUUAAGACACUGUAUCUACGGAUUGGAUGCUGACUUGAUCAUGUUGGGAUUGGUGACACAUGACCCCCAUUUUUCUUUGCUUAGAGAGGAAGUGACUUUCGGGCCAGGCUCGCAGAAUAAGAGUGGAGACGUUCACGAUCAGAAAUUCUUUUUGUUGCACUUAUCUUUAUUGCGAGAGUACAUGGCCUUGGAGUUCCAGGAUUUGGAGUCGGAGGUGUCUUUUGAAUACGAUUUCGAGCGUAUAUUGGAUGAUUUCAUCUUGAUUAUGUAUGUGAUUGGUAACGAUUUCCUUCCCAACUUGCCCGAUUUGCAUAUCAACAAGGGUGCUUUCCCGCUUUUAAUUGGUGCAUUCAAACAGAGUAUUAAACACUUGGAUGGCUACUUGAACGAGGGAGGCAAAAUUAACUUUAAGCGCUUGGGCGUGUGGCUAGACUACUUGUCUGAGUUUGAGUUGGAGAACUUUGAGAAGCAGAACGUUGACGUGGACUGGUUCAACAAGCGUUUAGAAGACAUUUCCAUAAUUGGAGAAAAGAAGAGAGAACGUACCGGUAAAUUGCUAAUGUUGAAGGACGAGAAAAAGGUCGUCGGUUUACUUAAACCCUGGUUAUUGGAGAAUGGCUGUCGUCCAAUUGCUGAGUUGACUGAGUUGGCUAACAGCAAUUCAUUACCUACUCUUCCAUUGCCCACCGACCUCGUGACCACCCACUUGGAGUUUAUUAAGAAGUUUGCUUUGGAAGCUGGUAUUCUUAUUGUUCACUCCAGAUCUCAGAACACCUACGAGGCCACCAUUGAUGUGGACGGCAUUUCUCCCUAUGAAAGCGAGGAAGAGUACCAAGAGAGAGUUUCAGACUUGAGAAAGACCAUUAAAAAGUACCAGUCGUCUAAUUUGUUCGCAACAGAAGAUUUGAUGAAGGACGCUAAGGACUUAUACGAUGCCAAGUUCAUCAACUCCAAAGACAAGUACUACAAAGAUAAGUUGCACUUUUCUAUUCACGACAAAGAAGAAAUGACCGAAUUUACCAGACACUACUUAGAAGGUUUACAAUGGGUAUUGUACUAUUAUUACAAAGGUUGUCCAUCUUGGAACUGGUAUUUCAGAUACCACUACGCUCCAAGAAUUUCUGACAUUUCUAUUGGAAUUCAAGACAUGUUGGAGAAGAAAGAAACUGAAGUUCAGUUUGAACAAGCCAAGCCUUUCAAACCCUUUGAGCAGUUGAUGGCUGUUUUACCUGCCAGAUCUAAGAAGUUGAUGCCUGAUGUCUACAGAUCCUUAAUGACGGAGGAACACUCUCCAAUCAUCGACUUUUACCCUCAUGAGGUUGAUAUUGAUCUUAAUGGUAAGACGGCUUCUUGGGAAGCUGUUGUUUUGUUGAGCUUCGUGGAUGAGAAUAGAUUGUUGGCUGCUUUGAAGCCUAUUGAGGCUAAGUUAACUCCUGAGGAGACUAAGAGAAACAGUUACGGUACUGACAUCAUUUUCAUUUUCAAUCCUCAAAAUGACUCUGUCUACCCUACUCCAUUACCAGGAUUCUUCCAUGAUCUUGAGCACGACAAGUGUUAUGAAGAGGCUUUGACUUUGCCACCUUUGGAUCCAAAUUUCAAAUUUGAGUUGCCUGAAGGUGCCAAGUUAGGUAAGGAAUUGCUUGCCGGUUUCCCCUCGUUGUACACGAUACCAUUUGAGAACCGCUUAGCCUUGCUGGAAGUUAAAGUCUUCAACUUCCCAUCUCGGUCUGAAUCGAUGAUGUUGAAGCUUGGAAAUGUAUGGGAAGAUAUUACUAUCAAUCAGUUUGCUCAAAAAUUCUUGGGUAAGGUGGUUUAUGGUAGAUGGCCAUUCUUGAUUGAGUCCAGAGUCACAGAGGUCUGGGACUCUGAAUUUAAAUAUGAGUAUUUGAAAUCAGGAACUUCAAGAAGAGUCGUCUCUACUCCAUUGUCACAGGAAGAGAUGAGGGAAUUUCACACCAACUGCAGAAACUUGUCUUCGAAAUUCGAAAAGACGAAGGGUGUUAUCACUGGUCCAAUCAAUGCAGUGGUAUUUGUUCAGCAAGUCACUGGCUUGGUGAGAACUCUGAAGGGUGCUUAUGUCAAGUCGUUCCGUGAGGAUGCUGAACCCUUCCCUCUCCAGAUGAUCGUUGAGUCUGUUGUCAACCAAGACGAGAGAUACGCAGUCAGACCACCAUUACCUAUUGACGAAGAGUACCCUGUUGGGUUGCCAGUAGUGUUCAUGGGUGCUUUUGCUUAUGGUGCACCAGCAACCGUGGCAGGUUUCACUGGAACCGACAAGCUUAACGUCCGCAUCGACAAGAUUCAAUCGACAUUGGAGCCUAAUAUUGGUAAGAAGCGGUUGGAGAUCGAAAACAAGGAAAUAAGGUAUUUGUCUUCAUAUGAGGCUGCCAAACAAUUGAAGAUAAACGGUCUCUUCUUGUCUAAGAUCACUGGAUCUUACAUGAUUAGAGACAAGUCAGGUGGAAGACUGAAUGUUGGUUUGGACAUCAAAUUUGAUGCUCGUCGUUUGAAGGUUUUGGGUUACACAAGAAAGAGCUCCAGAUUCUGGGAGUAUUCUCCAUUGGCCAUACAGUUGAUUAAGGAUUAUAGAGCUAAGUUCCCUAAUCUUUUCAAUAACUUGCUGAACUUGAAGGACCGCAGAGAUAUGCCUGGUAUCGAUGAAGUCAGUUCUGCUCCCGAAAUCAAGGAAGUCAUGCUGUGGUUGAAGAAGGCCAAGGCUGACAUGUUCAAGGUUUCCUUGGAAUCUGAUUCGUUGACCAGAUUCAGUAUUGCUGCCAUUGAGGAUUUCAUGGAUGACUUCAUUAGCAGACCACUUCAAUUGGACAAGAAGGAUGUUAAGGGAGUUCCAAGAGAGGCUGUGAUCAACCCCAGCACUUCUUACCAGUUAUUGAACAGUCAGAGAUUCGAUCUUGGAGACCGUGUUAUUUACGUUCAAGACUCUGGUAAGGUACCAAAGUUAAGCAAAGGUACUGUUGUUGCCAUUACCACUAUUGGAACCAAGACUUCGUUGUCGGUUGUGUUUGACAUUCCACUUGUUGGAGGAAACAACAUGAACGGCAAGUUGAGAUCCAAUAGAGGAUCUAUUCUUGACUCUUCGCUCGUGUUGAACCUUACAAACAGACAGUUGGUGUACCAUUCAAAGGCCUCAAAGGGCAAGAAGCCAUUGACGGAUGCUGAGAGAACAGCAAGAGCAAAGAAGAUUGAGCAGAAGAAGCCAACCGAGCAGAAGAAGCCAACCGAGCAGAAGGAGUCAGUCGAGAAGAACAAGGAAACCGAGCAAAAUGGGGCCGAAAAGAAGACCGAGCUUUCUGUCAAGGAACACAAUGCAAAGAGCACUAAUGAGUUGCUAGCACUUUUGAAGAAGAACAGUGGAGAGGCGCCAAAGGAUGGGGAGAUGCCAAAGGGCGCAGAUACACCAACAGAAGCAGGUAAUGGAGACGACCAGAAGGAAGGCUAUAAUGCAUCAGCUAUCAAGCAGAUUUAUGGUCAAAUUUACUCCAACGUGAUGAACCAGGGUGCUGUUCCCAACGGAAUGAUAUUCCCACCUGUCAGCUACGGUGCACCACCUAUGCCACAGUCACAGAUUCCAGUUGUGCCAGGAGUUCCCUUGCCUCCUCAAUUCUUCCAGUCACCUCCUCAGAACGCGCCUGUUCCACCAGCCAAGAACGGGCAAGUGACUCGUGGAAGAGGAAAUUUCAGAGGCACUUCACGUGGAGGAAGAGGUGGAGCCAUUAGAGGUCGUGGACGUGGACGUGGCGGAAAAGGCGAGGUUAAGGCUGCCAAGGAGUAG